CAAGGGUGGGUUGAUAUAGUUAAGAAAAUGCUAUAGUGGACCGUAAAACCAGUGUCAGGUAACUGUCCUAGGGAGCAUAGUCCCCCUCUCUGGAACACUGGGAGGAUAACUCUGCCCUCACGCUCCAGCCAUCUGGAAGAGUUCAGUGAGGCUCAGAAGCUUGUCUCGCUCACCAACAGCUGUUGGUCUGAUAAAAGAUAUUAACUUACCUUGGUUCUCUGUCACCAUACUACACACUUCACAUGAGUUUAAUGCAGCCUCUGCUUUUGUGAUCUAAGCUAUAGGUGAAGCCUACUGAGGCAUGACAGAAUUCAAUUUUGAUUUUUGAAUUAUGAUAAAUAUGCUUCAAACUAAAAUUUUGUCAAUUUAAAUUUUUGCAGUUGCAUAAAAUUAUGGGGGAGGGGUUAAACAGUUCAAUGACAAUAGUUGUUAAAUUGCCAAUAUAUGUCAAAACUAAGUAAAUCACCUUACGUCAAACUCAGUUCUCAAGCAGCAUUUUUUACUUUGCCUAUACGUAAACUUUGACUGUUGAUGAAAAUAUUUUUUCAUCAGUUUGUGUGAAAUCAAUGUUUAUCAAUGUCUACCGAUAAAAAUCUAAUCCUUCCAAGCCUAACAGUGAAACACUGCCUCGUGAUCAUCCCUGAAAAAGAUGCAGUGACCAAAAUAGAGAUCAUAGAGAAUUACCGUAAUAGUGACCAGCAAGAAAAGUACUUGACCGUUCAAUCCAUGGUGGAGUAUGAGCUGGCUAAUGACCUGGUUGAUCUCCAAAAGCGAUCCAAGCACCCUGACUCAGGCUGCAGAACCUUCUUGCGCCUCCACCGAGCCCUUCACUGGCUGCAGAUGUUCUUGGAAGGACUGAGGACUGGCGAGGACAACUCCAAAACCUCCGUGAUCUGCUCAGAGACAUACAAUGCUUCCUUGGCUAACUAUCAUCCCUGGAUUAUUCGCAAGGCUGCCGGGGUGGCUUUUUGUGCCUUACCCACUCGAAAUACAUUCCUUGAAACCAUGAAUGUGGGUACAGCUGAAGAGGCCGUGGCUAUGCUGGGGGAAGCUUUGCCCUAUAUCUGUGAAGUCUAUAAAAUCACAGAGGAGCUCUAUGCCCAACAUAAACUGCUUGACCUCCCCUAGCGAAGGGGAUGUUUGUUCAGAAUAUCUCAAUAUUGUGAUUGCUGGAAGAGGUCACUGUAUGGGGGUGGGGGGGGCGCCCUCAUGUCAAUAAGUGGUUAUUUGCACUAGAGACUGGAUUCUCUUCCUUUCCCCCAUGUCUCUAAUAGAGCCCAUAAAUAACCUGAUUGGUACUCUUGGCCUUUUAAAAAGAGAGCUGAUUUAAUUCUUGGCUCCCCUUUUAUUAGAAGAAAUUUGGAACAAACAUUCUAAAGCCCAUAUUAGCUUGUUUAAACUUAAAGGACUUAUCGCUUUUCUCUGCACUGAACUUCUUUUUCAAAACUUUAUCAGGUCUUUAUUCUUUGUGAAAGCCAAACAAAACACCCAGCCACGAGUAAUCACUUAAUCUUUGUAGCUCCAAUGCCUUUAAACAAAAGUAAUGAGGACUCUUCCUUUGUCCUACUCCUGUGAUAAUGCUAAAAUUCAGCUCAACUAGGGUUGGAACCUCUUGCUGUGAUAUUGUAAGGCCUGUGGACAGAUGCCACUCAUUGCCAUUCAGCCACUUGUUCUCUGUUUGGGUUAGCAAGGCGAUGUGUGUUACAGGGCCUUGGUAUUUUGAUGCACUUCAAAGCAGGGCCCUUGAAAUUAUGAUGCUUUCUCUCAACAGAGUGAGCAAUUGAUUGCAGACCACCUUCAUGGCAGCUGGUCAUCACUUGCACUGGAUAAUACUUCCUGCCCUUUCUUCUCCCACUCAUCCUCACAAAAACUAAAUGGUGUGGAGGUGUGGUAUAAGGAUACGUUCCCUCCACACACCCCCUCCCCCCAUUUUUGUGUGGGGCUAUUGAAAUGGGAAGGCCUUUGUUAUUUUCUCCCUCCCCCCCGUUUUGUUGCUUGGCACCAUGCCUUUUGGGGUGGGGAAUAAUCUUUAGUGCAAACUGCACAGUACUGAAUCGCAGAAUAAUUCAGAGCUUUAUGGAUGUUGAGACUAGUUACAGAAAUUAUCCCUGGAGUAGACUCUAGGAAAUAAAGGGAAUGCUGAAAGCCUAGAGAAAUGAAGUCCUGCUGGCUGGGUGGGGUAAUUAUGAUUUUAUGUGUAGUACAAAUCAUAGUGUUUGCUGAAGCUUAAUGCCUUCCAGUCCAAAUCAAUCGUAAGCUUUAAAAGGAGGGUAAAUCUUCAUGCAUGUGGUAAGUGUAAAAUUGUUUUAGCAAGAAUUCCUAUAUAUGUUGUGUAUAUAAUAGGUGUAUACACGGGAAGAGGUAUGCAAGCUGGUUAUAAAAUAAUGAAUUGUACUUUAUCAGAUAUUUUCAAAAUUUAUCUUUCACAACACUGCAUGGAUAUUUCAGAAAGAACACUAAUACCACGGCUGUGAAACUAUUUCAAGACAACGUUCACACCUCUCACACUGUGCCCCUGUACAUUUUAUUAACGCUAAUAAAGUGAUCUAGAUAAUCAAAGACAUUUAAAUGGCCAGUAAGGCCACAAUGCUGGAAUUGAGUAUUACCUCAUGGGUUUGACCUAGCUAGCCACACUACUCUCCCUUAAAUUACGCUAAUAACUUGCCUCCAAAGAGUGGUGGUGUACAGAAAUGCCUGCCUUUCUCAGGUCUUUGAAGGCAUGGGAUCUUGGGUCUCGUUCAUUCAGGGUGGUUGCUUAAUUAGCCAUUUGGCUAGUGAUCAGAAA